GUCAUCUAAGGACCUAAUGCAACAACAGGAGUUUGUGCUUGUGCCUAUAGAGGAAUCUGCUGUGCCCGUCAGGAAAAAUUAAUUCUGAAGAAAUCAAGCCAGAACUUGGUUGAAUUUUCCAGGUUUUCACACUAAAUUUUCUUCAGUGGUGUCUUAGGGGUGUAGCUUGUCAUUUUUUAAAGACAGUAAGGUCAGUUAAUUCUCCUAUAGUGUUGCCUUAGAAAUCUUCAGAAAACCCCUGGUUCUGUUUCUUUUUUUUUAAUUACUAUUUUUUGGAAACCAGUUUCCCACAGCUUUCAGUUCUCCUUUUUUCUGAAGUGAAUUGUUUCAAGUGUUCCCCUCUGAGGGCGCUGACUCAGUGUCCACAUCCUUUUCUCCUCCUGGUAGAUUUGGAAGGGCUGUUCUCUCUGGCUGGCCCCGAAUUCCCUCCUCAAAAACCUUGCAGUGCAGCUGCUUAGUGAUCUUAUUGACAGGAUUUUAAGAUGAUACAUGCUAUCUAGCUGCUUUUCAGUGAAGCUCCAAAGCUUCACCUCUGUGGAGCCCUAGCUCAUUGGCAGAGCCCAAGCAGUCCUCCAGGACACAGAAAGGUAAACCCAAAGGACUCCCAAGAACAGAUGUUUUUGUGUUAAAAUGCAUUUUCUGGAGAUAGGAAGGUACGCCAGAGCUGUUUGCACUAGACCAGCUAUUCCAAAGAGAGUGCGUGUUUGCAGGUGUGCAUGUUAAACAUUAUAAUGCUGUUUAGUGAAGUACAGAUGCUUUCUUCUUCUAAAGACCCUAUUCUUUGGAAAUGACAAACUCAGCAGCUGCAAAAGAGCUAUGGCCUUUUCUUAAGCAACAACCAGAUUGCUUUUGUUUUCUUUACCUAAUUCUGCAAAUCAGAUGCAGAGUCCUCCUGUUGAAGUUCCAGCACAAUCAACUUGCAUUCUUCUACCUACUUGAGUUGUCGUGUGGGUAUACACACUUCCAAUUCAUUUGUGUUUCCUGGCUUAUCUGAUUUUCUUACCUCCCUAUUUUGAAAGCAAAUCCACUGAAAACCUAUUAAAAAAAUAAAUAAAUUCCCUAUCCUGAUUCCAGCUGUGUGGCAGCUGCUGGAAAAGCAACGAAAAGGAGUGGAAACUCGAAAAUUAAGAACAAAAAGGGGGGAAGAAAAGAAAUAAAAAUACCAUUGGUCCUUGGACACAGGAGUCAUCUGCAGAGGAAGGAAUACUUGCUGACUCAGGCUCUGAGCAAGAUAGGCAAAAGGCAGUGGAGGUUUUCCCCUCCAGAUAGUUCAUUGCUACCAGGCAAGGACUUGGUUCCUUCGCCACCAAGCUGGAGUAAGGUCAGGAACUUGUGACCACACUGUCUCAGCGCACAGCAGCACUCCUACUGCAAUUCUCCACCACUCUGAUCGGAGCACAUGGGAAAUCCUUAGCAAAGGCCACUUGGUUUGUAGAUGUUGCUCCAGAUAGCUCACUGGUUGGCACAGUCAUUGCUGUUGCUCCAGAAAUGUUGAGAGCGUUCACACCGCUGUGAACUGACUUCGUGACGUCAGGCUGGAGAGGGGCAUGGCCAGUGGGCUGUGUUACAGCAUUGAACCAUCUCCAGGACCGCAAAGAGAUGAAGAUCCCAGACAUCUCAGAGCUGCAGGAGACAUACUUCUAAUGGAAAACACAUUACCAGCUGGGAAAAUGCAGAGAAUAUGUGAGAGAGCCUCAAAAAUAUUCCAACAAACUCGUGCUCUCUUAUGGAAAAAUAUUCUUAUGGUGUGGAGGAUGAAAACGGAAAGUUUUCAGGAAUGGAUUACAUCGCUGCUUUUUAUCUUCGUAAUAUACAUAUCGACAAAUCUGAUAUUCCAUUUCCCACGGCAAGAAAUCCCCUAUGAAUUCCUUGGACGCUUAGAUGAUCCUGCCUUUAAUGCUACUGGAGUUAAACUUGCAUAUACACCUGUAACAAGCACCACCAGGCAAAUAAUGAAUAAAGUGGCUUCAGAUUCUGUAAUGAUGGGUAUAAAAACAGAAGAAGUCGAAAAUGAGAAAAUGCUGGAUACAAACGGAAUUUUGGAUGGAGACCUUAUUGGUGUUGUUUUUAAGGAUGACUCCUCCUAUAGUCUCAGAUUUCAAAGCUACAGUGUAGUAACUCCAAACGAUGACUUUGACAAUUUGGACACCUGCUUCAAUUUUUCAUCAAGCUAUUGUAAUGUUCCUUCAUACUGGUACGGGGGUUUUUUAUCACUGCAGUCCAGCAUUGAUGCAGCAAUGAUAGAAGUGAAAACAAAUCAUUCUGUCUGGGAAGAAAUGAAAUCAAUUAGUGGCAUUCGUCUGAAAUCACCCUUGAUCAAACCUUCAUAUAAAUUGGAAUACAUUUGGUUCAUUUUUUACGUUCUAUUGUCUUUCUCUCCAUACAUGUACUUUUUAUCAGUGAAGGUGAUAAGAGAGAAAAAGAAGCUCAAGGUUUUAAUGACAGCAAUGGGUUUACAAGAUAUCGCAUUCUGGUUAUCCUGGAGCUUGCUAUACGCUGUUUACAUUUCAAUAAUGGCAAGCAUGCUGGCAGCGAUCACGAUAAAAGAAGUAAUCUGGGAAGGCAACUUUGCUGAAAUAUUUUUCUUUUAUUUCUUUUAUGGCAUAGCAUCUAUUCACUUCUAUUUUAUGCUCAGCUCAUUGUUAAAACAGCCUAACGUUGCUAUUUUUGUGGGUUUUGUCAUUCACGUUAUCUUUGGGUGUCUGGGCUUUAUGACAUUGUUUGAAAAACUACCUCCGCCUUUAGAAUGGAUUUUUAAUCUCGUCAGUCCUUUUGCCUGUACAGCUGGGAUCUCAAAGAUUAUAAAAUUAGAAAAAUAUGGAGCAGCGCUUACACCGGAAUUGUACCCUUUCUUUAACCUAUACAUCAUACUAACCCUUGACAGUGUUUUAUAUAUGCUGUUGGCCAUCUACUUCGAUAAAGUUUUGCCUGGCAAAUAUGGAGUACAGUAUCCUCCUUUGUUCUUCCUGAAACCAUCAUACUGGUUCCACCGCAAGAGCAGAUACACAGAAGAGAGAGCUGGCAAUGGGAGCAGCCAUGGACCUCUCCUUGGUAAUAACGAGGAGCCGAUGCCCCCAGAGUUUGAUGGGAAGGAAGCAAUCAGACUAAACAAUAUUAAAAAAACAUACAAAAAGGAGGACAAGAGAACAGAAGCUUUAAGAGGCUUGUCCUUGAAUGUUUAUGAAGGCCAGAUCACUGCAUUACUUGGUCACAGUGGAUCUGGAAAAACUACUCUAUUAAAUGUGCUUAGUGGAUUUGCCCAGCCUUCAGCAGGUUCUGCAAUGAUAUACAACUACAAAGUAUCUGAAAUACAGGAUAUGGAAGGAAUUCAGGCAAUCGUUGGGAUUUGCCCACAAUUAAAUUUACAUUUUGAAGUCUUAACAGUGAAAGAAAACCUGAGAACUUUUGCUCACAUCAAAGGGAUUCAGAAGAAGGAAGUAGAGCAAGAGGUGCAGAAAGUUCUGACAGCGUUGGAUCUCACCGAUCUUCAGGAUGUCCGCCCUGAUACCCUGAGUGGGGGACAAAAAAGAAAGUUGUCUCUUGGAAUUGCAAUUUUAGGGAAUCCAAAGGUGUUGCUUUUAGAUGAGCCAACAGUGGGGUUAGAUCCCUCCUCCAGACACCAUGUGUGGCGUCUUCUGAAGGAACAUCAAGCUAGUCGCGUGACGCUCUUCACUACCCAGUUCAUGGAUGAGGCUGAUAUUCAUGCUGAUCGGAAAGCUUUUCUCUCAAAUGGGAGAUUACAGUGUGUUGGCUCAUCUCUUUACUUGAAGAGAAAAUGGGGAGUUGGCUAUCAUUUAAGGAUGCACAUAAAUGACCUGUGUGACCCUGACGUCAUGUCAUCCCUGGUCAGACAGUAUAUCCCUGAUGCUGUGUUCAGAGGACAGAAGGGGGAUGAACUGUGUUACACGCUACCUGCAGAAAACACUGAUACCUUCCCAGAUCUGUUCAGCCACCUCGACAGUAGUCUCUUGCAGGGGAUUGUUAAUUAUGAGAUUAGCAGGAUGACUCUGGAAGAUGUUUUCCUGAAGCUGGAGGGUGAGGAAGCUGUUGAUCAAGAAGAUGAUAGUGUUUUUAGUAAUGAUCACACAGAAGGUGGAGACUGCUUUAACCUUGAGGAGAUGGACCAAAGCCUGCUGACGCUUUGGGAGAGAGGGAGAGCCACAGUAAGUGGCAUGGAGCUCUGGAGACAACAAGUUCGUGCAAUGGCAAGAGUUCGCUUCUUAAAGCUAAAGCAUGAAGGAAAAUUACUCAGGUCCUUAUUGCUGUUCUUUGGAGUAUUUAUCCUUCCUAUUCUUCUCCUUAUUAUUGCACUUCAACUGUUGGACAGCUUCAGUAACUGGGAACUGACUGCUAGUUUGUAUUUUCUUCCCACUGAAGAGAAAACUCAUAUUAAGUCAACGAAUCUUCUCAUCUUCAAUGACACAGGAUCAGAAAUUGAGGAUUUCAUUCAUGCUUUGAAGAUUCAAAAGAUAGUGCCGGAAAUAGGUAUUGAGAAAAACAUCACAAGUAUGCCGCUUUAUAAUGGAGCUAUAAAAAUAUCCCUGGAAGGCAAGCGCUACCAAUAUACGAUCAUGUGCAGUGCAGAGCCUAUCAACUGUUUUCCAGUGCUUAUGAAUAUCCUCAGCAACACUUUCUUAAGGCUCUUCAAUUCCACAGCACAUAUCCGCAUCUGGAGUGACCCCUUUUUUAGUGUACAAAACCCAGCUACAAUGCAUAAUAUUGUGUUUAUCUGUCUCGCCUACAUGCUGAUUUUGACUGCUGGUUUGCCUUCUCACUUUGCAGUGAGUAGCAUGGAUGAUUACAAGAUCAAGGCUCGCACCCAGCUGCAGCUCGCUGGGCUCUUCCCGUCGGCAUACUGGUGUGGGCAGGCGUUAGUGGAUGUCUCUCUCUUCUGGGCCCUUGUCAGCCUCACGUUUGGGAUCCUGCUUUUGUUAUUUCGCGUCAGCAUCUUGAAUGCUAGCAUGAUUCUUUCUUUGAUUGUUUGCAUCAUUGGUUAUGGAGUAUCUCUUGUUCUACUCGUCUAUUUAAUUGCGUUUAGAUUUCGCAAGGGACGGAGCAAUCGUUAUAUUUGGUCUUUCAUCCUUACUCUGAUUACCUACAUUUUCUAUACGUUUGAUGACGGAGGAGGUAUAACCUAUCUGGUCUUUUCUGCUGUGGCUCCUGUGUUUCCUUUGGUGGGCUGGUUCAUAUUCGCUGUACGUGAAUUUUACAAUGUUUACAGUGACAGUCAUCCUGAGACAUGGAAUAACGACGUCUUUGUAGCUAUCUUUGCACCUUAUAUCCACUGCGUGAUUUUUGCUUUUCUCCUUCGCUGUUUGGAGAUGAGAUAUGGAGGAGCAGUUAUGAGAAGUGAUCCCAUCUUCAGGAUAUACCGGAGGAAAGUGGUCGCCCACCAGAACAGGGACCAUCCAGGAGAGGAAGCUGCAGAAGUUAAAGCUGAAAGGGAGAGAGUUAGGAGUGUGAUAGGGUCUCUGCCACAGGAAGAGGAUCCAGUUAUCGUUGUCAACAGUGUACGCAAGGAAUACGAAGACAAGAAAGCCAGCUCCUUUUUAAAGAAAAAAAAGAAAAUUGCUGUCAAAAAUCUCUCUUUCAGCGUUAAAAAAGGAGAAGUAUUAGGACUGUUAGGACCCAACGGAGCUGGAAAAAGCACCACUAUAAAUAUGAUUUCUGGAGACAUAACGCUGACUGCUGGGGAGGUGCUGAUCAAGGGUAGUGAUGCGGCUGCCUCUUCUCCAGGGCAGGGCAGCCCUGGGCUCCUGGGGUACUGCCCUCAAGAGAACUCACUCUGGCCAGAUCUCACUGUGCAAGAACAUCUGGAGGCCUACACUGCUGUGAAAGGGAUGAGGAAAGAAGAUGCAGCUGUUAACAUCAGUCGCAUAGCAGAGGUCCUGGAGCUCCAGAAGCAUUUAAAAACAGCAGUUAGGAGAUUGUCUGUGGGAGAAGCUAGAAAGUUGUGUUUUGCGCUGAGCGUUCUGGGUGACCCAACAGUCAUGCUUUGGGAUGAGCCGUCAGCAGGCAUGGAUCUGAAGGGGCAACGCCGUAUGUGGAAAGCAAUUCAGACUUCACUGAAAAGCAAGCAGAGGGGAGCCAUUCUCAGCACACACUACCUGGAUGAGGCCAUGGCGAUCUGCGACCGGGUGGCCGUCCUGGUGUCGGGACAGCUACGCUACAUCGGUUCAAUUGAGGACCUGAAACGUAAGUUUGGCAGAAGUUACUACCUGGAAGUCAAAAUGAAGGAUGCGGGGCAAAGAGAUGUUGUCCACGCCGAAGUUCUGCGGCUCUUCCCCGCGGCGGCUCAGCAGGAAAGUUCUUCUUCUUUGCUGAUCUACAAGAUACCAAUGGAAAAUGUACUACCUCUGUCCCAGUCUUUCUCCAAGCUAGAAGCAGCUAAACAAAAUAGAAGGCUUGAGGAAUAUAGCUUGUCUUUGCGCACCUUGCAACAGGUGUUUGUAGACCUCACCAGGGACCCCGAGGAGCAUGAUGAGGAUGCAGCAUUCAGCGGAGCUCAGGAUUGGAGACCACUUCAUCCCAGAGCCCUUUAAGCCAGAAAGGAAACCUUUCAGUAUAUUUUAUCAGUAUUAUUGUGUGUGAUUUGAUACCGCCCUGGGACUUGGUUAUCAGUGUCACAACACAUGCAGCUCUGUAGGUUUUCUGCUGCACCAAAAAAAAUACAUAUUUUAAUAAAUAAAGCCUUGAUUCUCUGCCA